AUGACUGCAUUGUCUUUAUCUGCCAGACUCUUACCAUUUUAUCAUAUUCGGUACAUCACCGAAAUCUUCGGUCGGUCUGUCGGUAAGUUUGAUGGCUGGUUGUUGACGAAUGAUGGCAGGCAAAACAUUCCAUAUGGAAGGAGAACGUAUGUAAAAUAUUUGUUGACAACUGAUGAAUUGCCAACAGGCUAUCUCGCUAUCAGACUUAUAAUUCAGUCACCCAGAAUUAAAGUACUCUGCAUGAGUUUGAAACACACCGGCCCAGGAAUAUGGGAGACGAUUCCACAAGAAAUUAAAGAUUGUAACACUUUGCAUCUUUUUAAAAAUAAGCUGAAAAAUUUUUUAAUUACGAAAACCACUAUUCAUCCUCAUCUACUUAACAAUAACUUCAACGUAAAAUAUGUGCGUCGUGUUGAAUCGUGUGGCGUCGUGUUGAAUCGUGUGGCGUUGUGUCGUGUGGCGUCGUGUCGUGUCGCGUGGUAUGAAUAUAAAACUUUUGUAGCAGAAACAUAUUCAUGCAAACAUGGCAUGAACAGGCAUGACAGCCAACAUUUCAAUUAA